AUGCAUUUACGCAUACCACCCGCAAAUAAACAGAUAGUGAUGUUCUCCUGGCCGAUUCCGGCCACGGCGGCCAAUCUCAUUGAGACUAGCCAACUGCGCAGGAAAUAUUAUAGUGCUCAAGUGUACGCGCAGACACAAGUGCACUCUCUAUUCCUGUCACUCUCAUACUCCGGUGGGACGACUGCUCGACACGACCAG